AUGGGUUCAAAUUCUCCCACUGAAGAUCUCCAAUUCGGGGUCCAAGAUGAGGCUCAAAAUGGCCUCGGCGACGUUGAUAUUGAUCGUGUUUCAGACUCCAAAAAUGAUGUAGAGUCUGGCUUGUCAUCUGAUGUCUAUUCAAGAUCAUCGAGUGAUUUUAUAGAGCUCGACGAUAAGGUUAUUAUUGAGGAAGGUGAAGAGUUGUUGAAGGAGUGUCCCAGUUGUUAUAAGCCAUAUGGAAAGUUUAUUGCCAAUGUCAAGGCCUCAGACUGUCUAUUAUUCUUGUUCGUUGUUUCUUGGAUGCCCUUUAUUGCUCGUUUUACCUUUAAAACCAGCUACGUUAACUUCGUUGAGAGUGCUCCAUCUCUGAGAUCCACAGUUGGUAACAAGUUAGUAUUCUUCGCGGGUUUCUUUUCCGGGAAUAUGCUAAUAAUUUCUGACGUUAUUGAGCUUGUUUUCAAGGUUGUUGAGUACUUUAAAAGGGGAAAAACUGAGAAAUUAAAGCUUAGUUUAGAGGAUUCCGAUGGAGAAUUAACUUAUGAAACUGGGGAGACAAAUGAUAAUUUACCAGGUUGGAAGAGCAAGAAUAAUAUUAUAGCAGAAAAUAGACCAAGUUCUCUUCGUAAAUGGUUAUGUUGCACUACUUUUGUCGAGAAGUUUUUGCAUGUUUUGUACAAUAUAAGAUGGCUUGUGUCUGGAUACCUCUUUAUUAUAACAUUCGUUGCAACAUCGUUAAUUUCCAUGUUUUCUGCACAAUCAGUCAAUGAUAGCAAUUUCUACUUGCACUUAAUGCACCUGAUAAACGGAUUGUCGAUUCCUUUGUACUUUAUCCUCGGAAUCAAGAUGGUGGGCAUGCUCUUCGUUGUUGAUGCACAAAAUACACUAUUCAAGAUGAAUAAGAAGUAUAACGAUCCAAUAAGAAUGACCAGGACUGGAAAAACCGUUAUUUCUUAUCCCGUCUUCGCGUUCUUAACCGACAAAUGUCCAUGCAACUACGCUGUUAAAAAGGGCUCAAGCUUCCCUAAGAACUAUAGGUACUCACUUAGGUACCAUGCCAUGGUUACUUGCGGAUAUAAACUUGUUUAUCUCGGAAUUAUCAUGUCACAUGCUAUGUAUAUUAUCGGGAUUACAAUUUUCUCACUUGCUACCAAAAUCAACCUUAGAACUUACCGUUAA